UGCGCGCGUCCACCAUGUUACAUUUCUGUGCGGAAACAUUCAAGUUUUACGAUUAGCAACUACAACUUUCCUCCCAUAGUGUGGACGUUGCACAGCGCGUUUCUUGCCCGUCACAGUUCUACAAACGAAGCCAGAAGGUCUAGGAGCCCGAGGGUCGUCGCCAGACUGCCAGUUGUAAUCGGAUAGUUCUCAGUUUACCUCCAAGCCGCAUGUAAACACCGGGUAUCGAGGAAGCUUCCAGCGUCCGAACUCCGGGUUUCCCCCGAUGAUUCAUACAUUCCUUUGUCUUUUAUGUCACAAAAAUAUGAUUUAGUCACAGUCAUCCGAAUUCCUAGAUGUUGAAAAGGGACUGUUGAUCGCAGACGUGACGAUUUGGUGCCGCAAUGGGGCUGGAAGAAUACCAGAAAGUUCAAGUUGUGGGGAAGGGGAGCUACGGAGAGGUAUGGCUGUCUCGACACCAGAAAGACAGAAAACAGUAUGUUUUGAAACGCAUGGACUUGCAGAAUGCAUCCAAACGUGAAAGGAAGGCAGCAGAACAGGAAGCGAAGCUCCUGUCCAAGCUUCGCCACCCCAACAUCGUGAACUACAAGGACUCGUUUGAGACGGAGGAGGGCAUGUUGUACAUCGCCAUGGGGUUCUGUGAGGGGGGGGACCUGUACACACGGCUGAAGAACCAGAAGGGGGUGCUGCUAGAGGAGGAACAGGUGGUGGAGUGGUUUGUGCAGAUCACUAUGGCACUGCAGUACCUACACGAGAGAAACAUCCUCCAUCGAGACUUGAAGACGCAGAACAUCUUCCUGACCAAGACUAAGAUUAUAAAGGUCGGUGACCUGGGGAUCGCCCGAGUGUUGGACAGCUCCAGUGACAUGGCCACGACUCUCAUCGGCACUCCUUACUACAUGAGCCCUGAACUCUUCUCCAACAAGCCAUACAAUCACAAGUCGGAUAUCUGGGCCCUAGGCUGCUGUGUGUAUGAGAUGGCCACCCUGAAACAUGCCUUCAAUGCCAAAGACAUGAACUCUCUUGUCUACAAAAUCCUCAGGGGAAAGAUGCCUUCCAUGCCUAAGAAGUACAGUACCGAGCUGUGUGACCUGAUUAAGCUGAUGCUGGCUCAGGACCCUGAGAAACGUCCCAGCUCCAAACGUGUGCUGAGGAACCCGUACAUCAAGACUCACAUCGCUCUGUUCCUGGAGGGGACAAGGAGAAUGCAGCGUCCUCGUUCCUCAGGCUCCCGUCCUGGCUCUGGGUCCCGCCAGGCUGUCCCCCCCUCCCCUCAGAAGUCGGACGCUCCAGAUGGACAGAUGAUGGGGUCCAUAGCAACUGUAUCCAAGGUGGACUUUGAAGUUGAUGUCCCGGACACCCCCGGUGUGGCCGUCAGCCCAGAUCUGGAGACCAUCGAGGAAAAGUCCCCUCCUCCCACGGAACAGAACGGCAAACAGGCUGCCAGAAAGACCCCAGUCCCCACCCCUGGUGAGGAGGAACCUUCAAAACACAAGCAGAGGAGGAGGAAGAAGAAAGACGCUGACUCGGAUUCUGUCAACAGCGUCGAUUCUGUCACAACCGACUCUUCAAGAUCAAGGUCAUCUGUAUUUGACAAGCCCAAACAGCCGCGCCCCUUGCCUCCCCGCCCCCACAGUGAUGAGACGCCCAAGCGCAGGCCCCGCUCAGGAGACAAGCCCGGCAAAGGUCUGAACGUGGAGUCCAGCUCAGGCUACAGCUCUGUCUCCAGCUCCAAGGAGGAUGCAGACACUCCAAGGCAAAGUAUCAACAAGUCGGCUCGAGCCAGAAGAAGAGAAAAGGUCAAGCAGGAAGUCCAACUCUCACCUUUAGUACACAACAGGAGAUCCUCAGGUGAAAGACCCAGGACAGGCGGCGACCGACCUAAAGACGAGACGGACUCAGUCGUAGCCCCGAGACGGCGGGCGCAUUCCGACAGCGGGGGGUCCGGAGACGGCAGGCCAUACUCAGCCGGGACGAAAAGCAGUCAGGACAGCUCGGAAGAGGAGGAUGAACUGGACUCACAGUCCUCCAACGAGGGAAAGAAAAAGAAGGAGUCUGAGAUGAACAACUUCAUCUGCCUGCUGGACACGACACUGAAGAUGCAGGAUGGGAAGGAUGAAGAGGAGGACUCCCCGAGGGACGGGGAGGAGCCACUUCCCAUGGAGGAGGUACCAACACCCCAGCCGCCCACACAGUCACCUGUAUCCUCCAUGAGUCCAGGGCUUGAGACCAUCAGUGCCUCCGGAAGACUGAUGAACAGAAUAGCGGCCCUGAGGAAGGACUGCAUCAAGGGGCUGGGCAUGGGUGUUCUGAAGAAGGCUUAUGACAUUCUGGACACAGUAGACGGAGACGAGGUUGAGCCCCAGCUGGUUGAACUGCUGGGUAAGGAAAAGUUCGACAUGUACGCUGGGAAGGUCUGGCAGCUAAAGUUCUGCGAGGACUCCAUGAUGGGACUGCUGUAGAACACCUCAAGGUCAACUUCUCAAUCCCACUUCUGACACCA